AUGCUCGGAGACUUAUUUGGUACUAUAAAACUAGAGGGAUUUCUGGUUCACAGACCUAAGACAGUGAUCAAUGGCCCGUUCGCCGAGCAGUUAGGUGUACACCUCACCUCUGAUGGUGAUAUUAAGACGACCGAGCCGUUUUACACCACAUCCAUCCCAGGAGUGUUUGCAGCGGGUGACUGCUCCGGACCUAUGAAGUCGGUAGUAACUGCCAUGUCAUCGGGUACAUUGGUGGCGGGAGGACUGGCUGGACAGUUACAAGCUGAGCCAUACUCGGGAGAGCAGAAUUGA